AUGGUUGGUGAAUGUGGGUUGGGUGGUGAGAUUGAGAUGGUAGGUGUGAGUGAGGUGGGUGGUGAUAGUGGAAUGGUUGGUGAAAGUGAGGUGGGUGAUGAUAGUGGAAUGGUUGGUGAAAGUGAGGUGGGUGGUGAGAAUGAGAUGGUAGUUGUGAAUGAGGUGGGUGGUGUGAAUGAGAUGGUAGUUGUGAGUGAGAUGGGUGGUGUGAAUGAGAUGGUAGUUGUGAGUGAGUUGGGUGGUGAUAGUGGAAUGGUUGGUGAAAGUGAGGUGGGUGGUGAGAAUGAGAUGUUAGGUGUGGGUGAGGUUGGUGGUGAUAGUGGAAUGGUUGGUGAAAGUGAGGUGGGUGGUGAGAAUGAGAUAGUAGGUGUGAGUGAGGUGAGUGGGGAUUGUGGAAUGGUUGGUGAAAGUGAGGUGGGUGGUGAGAAUGAGAUAGUAGGUGUGAGUGAGGUGAGUGGGGAUUGUGGAAUGGUUGGUGAAAGUGAGGUGGGUGGUGAGAAUGAGAUAGUAGGUGUGAGUGAGGUGGAUGGUGAGAGUCGGAUUGUAGGUCAGAACGAGAUUGCCUUGUAA